AACCCCGCGCGCAGGUUAGCCGGAAAGGUCGCUCUGAUCACAGGCGGAGCAAGCGGGAUCGGCGCCAGCACCGCCAAGCUGUUCGCUCGAAACGGCGCGACGGUCGUCAUAGCCGACGUCCAGACCGAGCUGGGGACCGCCGUCGCCAAAGAGAUCAUCGGCCCCGCCGCCGCCGCCGCCACGUUCGUCUACUGCGACGUCAGCAAGGAGAGCGACGUCGAGCGCGCCGUGGACGCCGCGGUGGCGGCCCACGGGCGGCUCGACGUGCUCUUCAGCAACGCCGGGGUGACCGGUGACGUCGCCACCGGUCACCAGAUCCUGACCACGAGUGGUCAGGAUCUGAAAAAGGUGUUCGACGUGAAUGUGAUGGGAGGGUUCUACUGCGCCAAGCACGCGGCCAGGGUGAUGGUCCCGAGGAGGAGAGGCGUCAUCCUGUUCACGGCCAGCGUCGUGACCGAGACGUACGGCUACUUCGCCCACCCUUACACGGCCUCGAAGCACGCGCUGGUGGGGCUGAUGAGGAACCUGUGCGUCGAGCUGGGGCCCCACGGGGUCCGCGUGAACGCCGUCUCGCUCCUCGGGGUCCCCACCCCCAUGGCGCUCGCGGCGGCAGGCGGCAUGGACCGGAAGAGUUUCCAGGACUACAACUCCGACAAGGCCUGCCUCAAGAAUGCGGUUCUCGAGGUGGAGGACAUCGCUCAGGCGGCUCUCUACCUUGCGAGCGACGAGUCGCAGUUCGUGAGCGGGCUGAACCUCAUGGUGGAUGGUGGUUACAACCUGAGAAGUGCCUAG